UCCGAGACGUGUGUGAGUCUAGAUCCAAAUGACGGGUUGAAAUGAAUUUCAUUUUCUGGAAUUAUAAACUUGUUUUCAACGUCGAAUUACUAUUUUAAGUGCUUAACAUCACAAAAAAAUUAUUUUAAUUCGACUAAAAAGUUGAAAUAUCUGUUUUUAUUUACUUAUAUGUUAUUAAAAAUAGUUUUUACGAUUGAAAAUGUUCAGCAUGUGUCACCAUUCAUCAACAUAUUCUGUGAAACGGUGAACAGUCGUCAUGUGAAGAAGGUUAUGACUAUCUGGUGGAAGUUGAAAUAAUUUAUUCUGUGAACGUGUUGUGAAACAGUGCUGUUCCUCUUUUCUGGUGGAGGAGGUAAAUAAAUCCUGUCUCAAAAUGGCGGACCUCGAGGCUGUGCUGGCAGACGUGAGCUACUUGAUGGCUAUGGAGAAAUCGAAAUGCACUCCUGCAGCACGAGCUAGCAAAAAAAUCGUUCUUCCAGAUCCAAGUGUUCGGAGUGUAAUGCACAAAUACAUGGAAAAGAAAAACGAAGUGAACUUUGACAAAAUAUUCAAUCAAGUAUUAGGUUAUUUAUUAUUUAAGGAAUUCUGUGAACAGACGUCAGACGAACCAGUGCCACAAUUAAAAUUUUACGAAGAGAUAAAACUGUUCGAGAAACAAGAAUGCGUGGAAGAAAGGCAACGAAUCGCGAGGGAUAUUUACGAUAAUUUUAUAAUGAAGGAAUUACUAUCACAUGCGCAUGAUUAUUCUAAAGAAUGCGUAGCUCAUGUACAGAAGUAUUUAUUGAAGCAUGAAGUACCACCAAAUCUAUUUGAGCCAUAUAUAGAGGAAAUAUUCCAACAUCUUCGUGGAGAGCCAUUCAAAAAUUUCUUAGAAAGUGAUAAGUACACGAGGUUUUGUCAAUGGAAGAAUCUAGAACUAAACAUCCAGCUAACUAUGAACGAUUUUAGCGUACAUCGUAUUAUCGGCAGGGGAGGUUUCGGAGAGGUAUACGGAUGUCGGAAGGCGGACACAGGAAAAAUGUACGCAAUGAAAUGUCUCGAUAAGAAACGAAUAAAGAUGAAGCAAGGAGAGACGCUUGCCUUGAACGAGAGGAUUAUGCUCUCGCUAGUCAGUACCGGGGUCGACUGUCCGUUUAUCGUGUGUAUGACGUACGCGUUUCACACUCCCGAUAAGCUGUGCUUUAUCCUGGACCUGAUGAAUGGAGGCGACCUCCACUAUCAUCUCUCCCAGCAUGGAGUAUUUAAUGAAGCCGAAAUGAAGUUCUACGCUGCCGAAGUAAUAUUAGGUUUGGAGCACAUGCACAAACGUCACAUAGUUUAUAGAGAUUUGAAGCCUGCGAACAUACUCCUCGACGAGCACGGACACGUUAGAAUAUCAGAUCUAGGCCUCGCCUGUGACUUCUCCAAAAAGAAACCUCACGCUAGUGUCGGUACUCACGGCUACAUGGCCCCCGAGGUUCUCUCGAAGGGGACAGGCUACGAUUCGUCCGCGGAUUGGUUCAGUUUCGGCUGCAUGCUCUACAAGCUGCUCAAGGGACAUUCCCCGUUCCGCCAGCACAAAACCAAAGACAAGCACGAGAUCGACAAGAUGACCCUGACAAUGAAAUAUAACGUUUACCAGAACGUGGAGCUACCGGAGUCGUUCAGUCCUAGCCUGAAGAGUCUUCUCGAAGGUCUUCUCCAAAGGGAUAUCAACAAACGUCUCGGCUGCAAAGGAAGAGGCGCCGACGAAGUGAAGGAGCACGUUUUCUUCGCUGGCAUCGAUUGGCAGCAGGUUUACCACCAGAAGUACACUCCGCCGCUGAUACCGCCGCGCGGGGAGGUCAACGCCGCCGAUGCCUUCGACAUUGGAAGCUUCGACGAAGAAGACACCAAAGGAAUUAAGUUAACAGAAACGGAUCAGAUGCAAUACAAGGACUUCCCUUUGGUGAUAUCGGAACGUUGGCAGGCCGAAGUCGCUGAGACCGUAUUCGAUACGGUCAACCUGGAAGCCGACAAGCUCGAACAGAAGAGGAAGGCUAAACAGAAGCAGAAGUUCGACGCUGACGAGAAGGAAUCGGAUUGUAUACUCCACGGUUACAUUAAGAAGUUGGGUGGCCCCUUCGCUAGUGCAUGGCAAACUCGUUACGCCAAACUGUACCCGAACCGGCUCGAGCUGCACCUCGAGAACAGCGCCAAGCCCGAAAUGAUUCUGCUCGACACUGUCGAAGAGGUUUCCUCCGACUUCGUUUCCAUCAAGGGAGAGCAGUGCAUCGUACUGCGAACCCGAAACGACACCAAGGUCGUGCUCACGAAUACGGACGAGAUCGGCCUGAAGGAGUGGGCCCUGUCGCUGCGUUCGGCUCACAAAUGUUCGCAAGAACUCCUUGCCUCGAUGGCGAAGAAAGCCGGCAAGAUCUACGGGACGGAUGGCGCCAAAGAAGGAGCGCCCCCCGCGCGGCCCCCUCCCGCCGCCCCCGCCCCUCCGCGGCCCUCUAAUGGCACCAACUAGCACGAGCUCCCCGCGUCCAACAAGGGCGCGAAGAUGUUCCGCCGCUCCAAGAGCGCCGCGCAACUCAUCAAGUGAACCGCUGCCGGUGUCUGACUGUCCCGUGAUCUGCACAGUGGGCGUCCGCCACAGUGAAUGUGUUAUACGAAUUAAAGUGAUGGAAAUGAAAAAAAAAUAGCAAAAUGUAUAGAUUUGUACAUUGUGGUGUUCGAGACGCCUUUCGAGACUAGUGACGGUCGCGUGCCCUUUCGGAUGUUGUACGUGGCUCCAUAGUGAGCAUUGUUAUGAUUCUAUUACGUGAGCACAGUGAACACUCAAGCGAGUCAAUGUAAUAAAUCGGAAAAUGCUGAAACAAAACAAGGAAUAUAAGUAAGUAUUUAACAAAUCGAUCAUGACUAAAUUAAUGAAUGUAUUAACGAUUUCGAGACGUUUCAAUUCUUUAUUGUACGUUUAAUAAUAGAUGCUUCAAUUUAUUCGAGUUUAGAGGUUAGAGACUAGCACCUCGGUUACACUUCUGACUAAUUAUGCACACACGAGCAAACUUAAGUACCGCAUUCCGUGUUGGCUCCGGUAGCUCUCUUAAUGUAGACAAUAUUAAUUUAUAGAAUUAAUAAUAAUUAUUAUGUUACUGUUCCCUCAUACUGUAGAUAUAUGAACGGGACACCUUUUAAUAAUUUGUAAAAAGGUACUUAAUAAUAUAUUUUGUUCUCUAA